GAGGACUCGAAAAGUUAACUCUUCUUCUCCGCCGAUGCUGCCAGACCUGCUGAAUUUUUCGAGGUGUUAGAAGAGGAGGAUUUACAGACUGAAAUCUGAAAUCAAACAUCACAUUAAGACCUGGCUGAAUCACUCAAUUCAUGACAAUCGAAUAUCAUCGGUCUUGGAAUCUAGAAGGAGAAAUGUUUCUCUCGUUUAUCUGUCUCAGAAGGUUUUAAACAUCAGUGUGACUGGAAAAGCACCGAGACACAUACAUCCGAGUGAGAGUGUUCCAGUGCACUGACUGUGGAAAGAGCUUUAACCAGUUACACAGUCUGAAAAAACAUUACACUAUUCACAGCGGAGAGAGACUGUACACGUGUUCUGUGUGGACAACGCUGCAACUGAUUGUCAAACAUGGAAAGAGACAAGGACACCCACACCAUGGAGAAACCGUGGAAAUGUGGGGACUGUGGGAAGGGAUUCCAGUUCCCAUCUACGCUGGAAACUCAUCGACGCAGUCACACCGGGGAGAGGCCAUUUAACUGCUCCGAGUGUGGGAAGGGAUUCAGUACUUCAUCCCACUUGCAGAGACACCAGCGAGUUCACACAUGGGAGAAGCCAUUCACCUGCUCGGAGUGUGGGCAGGGAUUAAGUGAUUCAUCCCACCUGCAAACACACCAGCAAGUGCACACGAGGGAGAGGCCGUUCACCUGCCCUGAUUGCGGGAAGGAAUUCAUUCAUUCAUCCCAUAUGCGGAGGCACCAGCGAGUUCACACCAGGGAAAAGCUGUUCACCUGCUCUGAGUGUGGGAAGGGAUUCAGUGAGCCAUCUGCCCUGCGAGGGCACCGGCGAGUUCACUUUGGGAAGAGACCCUUCAUCUGCUCAGAGUGUGGGAAAGGAUUCACUCGAUUAUCCAAUUUGCAGAUCCACCAGACAGUUCACACUGGGGAGAGGCCGUUCACCUGUUCUGAGUGUGGGAAGGGAUUCACUCAGUUAUCAAACCUGCUGCAGCAUCAUGUCACUCACACGAAUGAGAGACCUUUUAAAUGCUGUGACUGUGGGAGUGGCUUCAAAAGCUCUCAGGUACUGAUGGUCCACCAGCGCAUUCACACUGAGGAGAGACCGUUCAGCUGCUCUCACUGUGCAAAGAGAUUUAGAACGUCAUCCAAACUGCUUAUGCACCAGCGAGUUCACACCGGGGAGUGGCCGUUCACCUGCUCCGUCUGUGGGAAAGGAUUCAGUCAUUCAUCCACCCUGCUGACACACCAGCGCAUUCACACUGGGGAGAGGCCGUUCAUGUGUUCCAUCUGUGAGAAGAGAUUCACUGAUUUAUCCACCCUGCUGAGGCACCAGCGAGUUCACACUGGGGAGAGGCCAUUCACCUGCUCUGAGUGUGGGAAAGGAUUCACUCAGUUAUCCAGUCUGCAGACACACCAGCGAGUUCACAGCGGGGAGAGACCGUUCACCUGCUGUCAGUGUGGGAAUGAAUUCACUCAUUUAUCCAGCCUGCGGAGACACCAGCGAGUUCACAAGUGAUUCCAGGGGAUGGAUUCUGCUGUUAUUGCUGCUGUUAAUCACAUCCAGGACUGAGCCAUGUUCAUUCUAACAGUUUGUGAAGUGGGAUAUGGUUUUGUAAUAAAAUACAUUGAUUAUUAUUUCUAGUCUUGAACUAUAAUACUGUAACUACGCUGUAUCUUUCCAGACGUAGUCAUUACAACACAGAAGGAGUCC